GCCAGGAUCAAUUGAAAUUCCCAAAUUCUCCCUUGAUGUUGAGCUUCGUCUUAAAAAAGGCAAUGAGAUAUACAGGCAGACCAAAACUCCCAUUGUCCCCCCAAGAGAAAUGAAAUCUGCCAUCUGUACCGCUUUAGUUGACUCCAUUUUUGUAUCUGGUUGCUACCCGGAAAAGCAAGAUAUGAAGUUUUAUGCUGCAGCACUAGUAGAAAAGCACCCAUGUCUCACAGAAGAUGGUCCUGGAACCGGGUAUGAUGGAUGGAUUGUAAGCCUUUGGUUUAAAGUUGGGAGGAGUAAGUUACGUAAAGCAGGACAUGCAGAAGUGAGCGUGAACAAAAGACAACAAGAUUCAGAAGAAGGGGUUUCGCCUCAAGAAAGCAAGAAGAGCAGAGGUCAACUUUUUACCACCCCAUCCCGAAGGCCAAUCUGAUGAAACCCUUGAUGACUUAAGACUACAAAUGAUUAAAGAAACCGAAAAGAAGAAGUUUGACAGCACCUUUGUUAAAGAAACGAUGGCUCUUACUUUCUCCUUCCGACGUCAAGAGGUGGUUGACAUUGAGCCUUUGGUCACAGUAUUGAGAGACAGAUGGCCUGCUCUGUUCUUCAAAGAUGAGAUUUGCCGCGAAUUCUACCGGAUCACCAACAUAGACCUCAUGGUGACAUUCCAGUCAUCGCUUGAAAAAUUCACUCCAGCAUUAAUGAAGUAUUACCGGAAGAAGAAGGAGCCUGCUGGAUCGGAGUUGACUGCACUGCUUGCUCCUCUGGACGACCAGGUGUCAGACAUCAUGGACCUUAGGAAAAGAGUAGCCUUGGAAGGACUGCCUCUCGUCCUAAAAGAAGAAUCUGGAUGCCUUUUUCGGAAGUGCUUGGAAACUGAUGCUGAAGAGAUCUACACAAGAAAUGUGAAGAUUGGCAUCCUCACAGUACUCGAAGAUGAUGUUGCUGUGAGGAAGUCUCUUCCAACAGUAAUCAACAUUGCCAUCAUCUUGGAAGAGACUGUGGUCCUAGAAGACAUUAAAGAUCUGCCAUCUGCUGUUGCAUACCUGUUUGGACUCUUGUAUGCCACAAACAUGGAAUACCCAAAGGAUCUUAGUUACACAUUUGAGGUGAUCCAGAAGGUAUUUGUGGAACUUGAUGCUCAGAGCUGCUCCUCUAGAGCGCUUUCUCUUCGACGUAAGCUUUACGAAUUGUUAAGAUAGGCUUCUGUCUGUUUGUCUGUCUAAACUUUGGAGGAACAUUGAUGGUAGAAACAUUGAUGGUAGAAACCAGUGCUGGCUGUUUAUUGCUUCACAUCUAACACUGAGUCACUAAGCAGAGGCAGAUAUAAGACAGAACGCUGCUACAACAAAAACACUAAAAUGCUACAAGCACCUCUAAAUGUCCGCUUGGACUGGCUUAAUGCUGGAUGUUCAUAUACCUGGCUACGUUGAAGGUAGGCCAAACUACCUGAAGAGUUAGCCCCCUGUGUUCUAGUGGGGAUGAGAAAAUGUGGUGGUUCUAUGUGGUUCUGAGUGCUUUACAAGUGUUUGCCUGUGUGUCUGUCUGUCUCUAUUAUGUCUUUCUCCUAAUUGGCAGAUAGGGGAACAGUUACUCUCGCGCGCGCGCGCACACACACACACACACACACACACACACACACACACACACACAUUAUACAGAUCUAGAAAAUGCAGCCAUUGGACCAGGCUCUUAAGAGGGAGAAAGACAUAAUACAGACUGACACACAGGCAAACACACAGAAACUUGUGCACGCACGCCAUACGAAAGGAAAGGAUAGGAAAUGUGGCUGCAUUUUUUAUAUUUGAUUACUGAUCUGCUGAAAUAUUCACACUUUUGGGCUCAAACUAAGUGCAUGCCGUUGAAUUGUUCUGUGAGUGAAGACAUUGUUUUAGCUUGUAGUUUUUCCUGGAAGCACCAUGUCUUUGGAGGUGGCUCCAUUUUGUUUUUUACAGUUUGUGACCCCAACACUUCUCAGAUUGUAUCACUGUAUCUAUGAAGUGCUUUACAAUUGUUUGCCUGUGUGUCUGUCUGUUUAUGUGUUUUCUGCUAAUGGCAGAUAGGGGAACAGUUACUCACACACACAAAUUUAGCCAUUGGACCAGGCUCUUCAGCGGGAGAAAAACAUAAUAUAGACUGACACACAGACUAACACACACACUCGCGCACGCACACCAUAUUUAGAGAAUGUGACCAUGCAUGCACACACACACACAAUACAGAUCUAGAAAAUGCAGUCAUUGGAGGCUAGCUGCAUUUUCUAGAUCUGUAUAUUGUGUGUGUGUUUGCCAUGACUACACUGUGAAUCCCAAGACACUGACAGCGCUUAAACAUGCAAAGUUUAUUUUUAUUAUUUUGGGCU